AUGGUUACCCAUCAGUAUCGUCUGGCUAGUUCAGUUAUCGAUGAUGAUAAUAAUCGUACGAAACAGCCUCGACGAACAGUAAAUGAUGGUCAAACAAACACGAAUACAGUGUUUUUGUCCGGCAAGAAGAAAACUGGAAAAGUUUCUGGACCGGUUUCGUCUACACCACGGUGGUGGCUUGUCGUACCCUGUUUAAUAUUAAUUACAUUGGCUUCCGCGCCUGAUCUUCUGAUUCUGAACGAUUUUAUUGUGCGUCGGUACGAACGGCAGUAUGGGCUCGAUGUUUCGGACAGAUCACAAAGAACUACAUGUCAUCAAUCAUCGACUUCGACACCUGACUAUUGGUAUCUUCAUGAAUAUUCGUCUGCUGGAACUGAUUAUAACAUAGUACAGCAAAACGCCGCAAAAUUCAAUGUGAAAAAUUCAUUUGCCACACUUAUACCAUCUCUAUUUGCCAUUGUUUUGCUCGGUUCGAAUUGUGACACCAUUGGCCGACGACCAUUACUUUUCUUACCAUUCACAGGUAAAGUAGUUCGAUAUUCACUGAUGUUAAUUAUCAUAGCGCACGAUCUUCCUGACGGGUGGCUAAUGGUUGCUCACGCAUGUGAAGCCUUAUUUGGUUCAUUUGGAAUCGUUAUGUUGAGUGCACUUGCUUACAUCACCGAUUGUACACAUGAGUCGAAGAGAACUCGACCAUUCUUGAUAGCUGAGGUGGUCACGCUAGUAGCUCGUGUUGUACCAGUUCUUGCCGUUGGUUUAUGGUUACAACAUUUUCUUUAUACUAUUCCAACAAGCGUCUGUCUUGGUCUAAGUGUUAUUGGCAUGCUCUACGUACUGUUUAUACAACCCGAAUCUGUACAAAACAUGCGCAACAAGUCUCUCAUUCUGCAAAUCACAUCUAUCCGUCUUCAACCAAUAAUUCAUUGUAUCCAAGUAUUUCUUACCAAACGUCCGGGCCACAAUCAACAACACCUGCUUCUAAUCAGCAUCACUAACAUUCUUCUUUUGCUUAUGUUAUUUGGUUACAUGUCUAUGUUUUCUCUUUUUGCCUAUGGACGUCCGUUUUGUAUGAAUGCACUUGACGUUGGUUUGCUUGCUACAACUCAUGCGAUCAGUGCCUGCUUAUUCACUCUUAUAAUCAGCUUGCUUGGAAAACAACAGUUGGACAAGUCCUAUUCUUUGCCCAUUAUUGGCUUGCUUGCCCUCGUCGGUGAUCUCCUUCUCUUUGGAUUGGCUAAGUCAAACUGGUUGCUCUACAUGGGUGCAUUCAUUGGAAGUUUCUUUUUUAUUACGAUGCCGAUACUAAGAUCUAAAUUGAGCAGACUCGUCGAGCCACAUGAAUAUGCCAUUGUUUUCAUUGCUGCAGCAUUCAUUGAAGCAGGUGGUGAUAAAGCGAUGGAGGCCGUGUCGAAUGCCAUCUACAAUGCAUCACUGCACUUCUUACCUGGACUUGUAUUUCUUGUCCUAGCUCUACUCGGUCUUUUUCCAUUACUUAUUAUGAGCUAUCUGGCUUUUUCCGAAAAGAAGACAAUACCGAUAAUAUCAACCAUUAACAAUAUAAAAGUAUAA